CCACGCUGUUGCGGCUGAGCAAGAUGCCGUCCCAAGUGCUGUCACAGAGCCGUUAGGUUCCACGGCUAGAGACAAGCAGUCGGGUAACGACACGAACGACUCAGACGAUCUGGUGGUUCUGCUCUGGCUCAGUUUGUCCGACCAUGCUGUAUGGUCGGACCCGCAAUUACGCGAGAUGAUUGCAUCCGGCCGAGACGGAUAUGUUCCCUUGCGCUAUGUGCUGAGGCAUUCUGAUUAUGUGAGAGCUGUGAACCCAUUGCCGCUGGAAACAGCUUUGGUGAAGAUACUUCGCAACAAAGCCAGCGAUAUUUUUGAUGUUCGCAUGACAAUGACGAUGGCAUCCCAGUCUACAUGGUAUAGGUCAUAUCAGGCAGUCGAUCAAGACCAGUCUGGCGGCUUUGAGAUUCGAAGAAGAGACUGGGAAACACUCCCUCGGCGGUUGCGCGAAUAUACCAAGCAGGACUGGGAUUUGAGGUCUGUGUACAUAGAAAAUCUACCGCCUCAGUAUUCUAGUAUGCCAGGCAUCGCUCGCUUCGUAGCAUCCCUGCUUGCAGACCAGACGGGGCAUCUGCGUGCCUCGAGCUUUGUGCAGAGUGUCUGGCUUCCCCGUCACCAUCAAGAUAGACCAGGCAGUCUGCCUAAGUGUAAAGGAUUUGCGGUUGUUACCAUGGCAGAGAGUCGACACGCUGAAUCGCUGCUCUGCGAUUGGCCUUGGAACACCAGAGGGCCAAAUCAGCAAAAUGCGGUGCUCGCUAUAGAGGCACAAGAAGCGACGAAAUAUAGCUUCCGUUCACUGUCAAAGGCGCGUUGGGAUCGGCUUGGGGAAGAGUAUCUCGGUCAUCGACAGAAGCUGCUCGCUGAGAUUGCAACUAGCGAAUCAAAAGCAGAGCGAAGCGCGGAGGUGAUCAGACUCUCAAUAUCCGAGAUCCCCCAGCAAUCUUCUCCUGCCGUUGCUCCUUCUGGCCCGCUACCAACACCAUCAUCAGACAUACGCGCCUCGUACCCUCGUGAAUGUUUGGUCUUCGUGAGGAACAUACAUCCCGAGACGAAUAAGACCACACUACGCACCUUGUUCUCGCGCGCGUUUCCAAACACGGCUGGAGAUACCAAGGUGGAUGCAAUCGACUACGUCGACUUCAACAAGGGGAUGGAUACGUGCUACUUGCGUUUGACCGCACCACAACACGCUCGCACAUUAGUGGCAUCCUUAAACGAGAAUCUCGUAAUGCAAGCUCAAGGACUCGACUCCACGGGUACACAAGUUCCUUACACGAACAAGAUCAAACCAAUCACGGCGAAGAUCGUCGAAGGGACCAGAGAAGAACUGUACUGGAACAAAGUUCCUGAGAAGGUUCGUUUACAGGCCAUGAAGAAAGCGACCACGUCAUCCGCAUCCGCCCAUGACCAAACGGGUACGAACGAUACCAAUGAAGUGAUCGGACAAGGAGAAAGCAAGCGAAAGCGCAGGCGCAAAAAGUAAAGCAUAUUGUGUGGCGGCACAUAGAACAGCUAUUUCCGAAAUCCUCUCGUUUGUAGUAAUAUCUUCGCCUUUCAGAUUGUUAUGAACAUCGUGCUUCGUAUAAGCUACAAUCAGAGGGCUACGUGCUGACGCCUUCCUCCCGCAACCUCUCGCGGACGCGCAUGAGUGCUUUGCCAAGUUGAUUUGCGCCUUGUCCUAUCGGGCCAUCUCCAAAGAAUGAAUCUUGACUGUCCGAAACCAGUAAGCUUGUCGUUCCC